CUGGAUCUCUCUCCUUCUCUCUCAAGUCAUUUCCAACAUCAAACUAGAAAACCAUUAGUCAAACACAUAAGCAACUAACUAAACCAACCAUGUCUGAUGAAUCUGUUCAUGUUGCUAUGUUUCCAAGUGCUGGAAUGGGUCAUCUUACACCAUUCCUAAGACUAGCCACUUUAUUUCUCAACAACAAUUGCAAACUCACUCUCAUCAUUCCAUUUCCCACUGUCACUCAUGCAGAAUCACAACUUCUCUCUCACUUCCAUUCUUCUUUCCCUCAAAUCAAUCUCAUCCCAUUUCAUCUUCCACCACCACCUUCUCCUCCUAUCUCUGGUGACCCUAUGUUCAUCCGUGUCAAAACUCUCCGCGAAUCAACACAUCUUCUUCCUCCUUUAAUCACUUCACUUUCACCACCUCUAUCUAUUUUCAUCUCUGAUAUCUUCCUUGUUACCCCUCUUCUUUCAAUCACUCAAAAACUCUCUAUUCCUAACUACACCUUGUUCACUUCUUCGGCUUCCAUGUUCUCGUUCGUCUCUAACUUUCCUACUCUUGCUCAUUCUAAAUUUGAUCUUUCUGAUGAGAUUCAUAUUACUGGUAUUCCAUUUUCACCUUUACCAUAUUCAUCUAUGCCACCAAUUCUUUUCCAACCUACCUUGUUUAGAGACUUUAUAAUGGAAGAUAGUCCUAAUCUCACAAAACUAGAUGGUUUUUUUCUUAACACAUUUGAAGCACUUGAAUCUCAUUCACUAAAAGCUUUUAGUGAUGGAAAAGUUGUCAAAGAUAUGCCUCCUCUUUAUCCUGUUGGUCCUUUUCUACCUUUGGAGGUGGAAGGAGAAGCAUCAUCCCAGUCACCACCUUUGAUUAGUUGGCUUAAUGAUCAAGCUAUUGGAUCUGUGGUUUAUGUUUGUUUUGGAAGUAGAACUGCAUUAAGAAGAGAUCAAAUGAGAGAGAUUGGAUUUGGGUUGUUAAGAAGUGGAUAUAAUUUUUUGUGGGUUGUUAAGGAUAAGAUUGUUGACAAAGAAGAUGAAGAAAUUGGGUUAGAAGAAGUAUUAGGUGUUGAGUUAGUUGAGAGAAUGAAGGAAAAGGGUUUGGUGAUUAAGGAAUGGGUGGAUCAAACUAAUAUUCUUAGUCACAAAAGUGUUGGUGGGUUUGUGAGUCAUUGUGGAUGGAACUCAAUUAUGGAAGCAGCUUUGAAUGGUGUGCCAAUUUUGGGUUGGCCUCAACAUAGUGAUCAGAAGAUAAAUGCAGGGUUGGUGGAGUUUAGUGGGUGGGGGGUUUGGAACAAAAGUUGGGGUUGGGGUGGGGAAUGUGUAGUGAAAGGGGAAGAAAUUGGAGAUGCUAUAAAAGAGAUUAUGGAUAAUGAAUUAUUGAAAGUUAAAGCAAUGGAGAUUAAAGAGGGAGCAAGGAAAGCUAUAAGUGUUGGUGGAGAUUGUGAGGUUACUAUUAAGAAGCUAAUUCAAAAGUUGAAAAAUAAUUAAUGUUAACAAUGUUUGAAGUGUUUUAUAUUUUGCCAUUGUGGUAUGUGUACUAUAGUUCAUCAUGCUUGUUCUAUGUAAUCCAUCUUUGCUGUUAAAGAAAUAAAAGUUCAUCCUGCUUGUAAGUUGAAGUCA